AGGUGGCACUGACUGGCACUGAUGGGUGACACUGAAAGGCAGCUCAGAUGGGCACUGAUUUGUGGCAUUGAUGUGCACUGGUAUGCACUAUGUGGCAUUGUGGCACUGAUGGGCACUGGCACUGGCACGUGGCACUGUUCGGCUGGCACUGAUGGACUCUGACAGGUGGCACUUCUGGGGCCACACUGAUCAUCAGGGCACACUGAUCAUCAGUGCCCUGCGGCUCUCCUCUCCUCACAAGCUGUCAGCGUGACAGCUCGAGAGGAG